AUGUAUGAAUGCGUCUCAAAGUAACAGAAUGAUUCACGUUUGGAAAUGUAGUAUCCGGCAAGUAACCUUUACCCUUGAUUUAUAAAUAGUUAAUUUUACGUUUGCAUAAAAUGGAUUUGAACCUAGAGGAGGGUUUCUGGAAUGCUACAGCCACUUUGUUGGUUUACGGAGUAGUGUCAGGGGUUGUAGGAGGUGGUUUUCUGAUGGUCGACCUCUACCACAAACCAAAGUGGAUAUUAAAAUAUAAGAUACAGAAAGACAGUACAAAGGUUGAUCCAGCGAAGCUUAACAAGCUCUGGCACAACAUGUUACUCAAUAGUACAGUCAUCUUGUUACCGAGCUCAGUGCUGUUUUAUCUGGCACUAAAAUGGCGAGGAUGUGACCUCUCUUUUUCUUUGCCUGGUUGGAGACAAUUCAUCUUCCAUAUGAUAAGCUGUAUUCUCAUCGAGGAGAUAGUGUUUUAUUACAGUCAUAGGAUGCUACACACCCCGUUCUUCUACAAGCAUAUCCACAAAAAGCAUCACGAGUGGACAGCGCCUGUUAGUUUCACCGCCGUGUACGCCCACCCAGUUGAGAUGCUUGUCUCUAACCUGAUGUCUCUGGUACUCGGACCUCUGAUCUGUGGUUCUAACUUUAUCACCACCCUUGUCUGGCUGGCUCUGUCUUACGCCGUUACCCUUAUACACCACAGCGGAUACAACCUGCCCUUUCUUCCGUCUCCAGAGUUUCAUGACUUCCAUCAUCUUAAGUUUAUCGGGAAUUAUGGCGUCAUAGGAGUACUGGAUAGAUUGCACGAAACAGACAUGUUAUUCCGGAAGUCUAGACAAGAGUACAAGAAACUUGAUAAAAAAUAACUUCUGUUUCUUUUAUGUUUGAUUUCAGUGUAAUUUUUUGCUUUGAGGAACUGAAUGAUUGUUGUUUUUUUUUAAAAAAUGAAUAUUGAAUAAAAUUGUAAAUUACAAUAUAAGUCAGAUGUUUAUGAAUAUUAAAUAUGUUUCCGAAUAUGAAUGAUAAAUGUUAUCAAAUAUAACUCAGGUUUUCUAACCUAUUGCAAAAUGUUAGCGUUUUACCACGGAGUGACGCUAAGCUAAGAUGAUGGAAUGAUGGAAUUCCAGGGGAAAUGAAAUCUUUAUUGUUCUCCUCUUAUCUAAAUAAAAAACAGUUAAUAAACUGAAA